AUGGCGGAGAACAAGGUCGCGAUUAUCACAGGAGGCGCCAGUGGCAUGGGCCUCGCCGUUACGCAGGCACUCGUCGAGCGUGGUGACUGGACUGUUCACGUUAUCGAUGUCAGUCAACCGCGACUUGAUGAGGUCGAGAAGUCAUCGUCUAGGAUCAAGUCGCACAAAGCCGACGUGACGGACUACGACCAACUGGCAUCGGUCUUGCCGAAGGUCUUCGAGAGCAGUCAUCGACGAAAUAUCGAUUUUGUGUUUGCGAAUGCAGGCGUGAUCGAGUCACAGGACUUUUACAAGACUCAAAGGACAGAUCCACUACCGCCGCCAGACCUUCGAUCGAUAGACGUUGAUCUGAAGGGCUUGAUCCUGACCUGCUACCUUGCUCAGCACUACUUCCGCCGCAGUGAGCACAAAGGAAAGGGAGCCAGCCUGAUUCUGACAGCGAGCUGUGGUGGCUUUUACCCCUCGCACUACUCCCCGAUGUACACGGCCGCGAAGCAUGGCGUGGUAGGCUUCGGCCGCGCGAUCGCGAACCGGUUCCUCCAAGAUGGAAUCCGUGUCAAUAGCAUAUGUCCUGGCAUUGUCGAAACCAACCUGACGGGUGAGGGUGGAUGGGCAGGCUUUCCUCCAGCCCUGUUCACUCCAGCCAGCGAUAUUUCGAAAAAGGUCCUCCGUCUUGUCGAUGGUGGUGCGCCACUCACUGACGAUUUUGGGACCACCAUCCCGGCCAACAAGCUAUACGGCCUCGCUCUUGAGAUCAACAAAGGUCGCAUCUAUGUAUCUUCCCCCACAGGUCAUAUCCGGAGUAUUGUGGGGCGAAAGCAGCUAUGA